GACGAGAUUGGCAGGCAUGCUACGCAUCGUUUGGGGCAUCGAGCGAAGCAUUACUGGCUUCUCUGAGGAGGAGGUGAAGUCGAUGAGGAUUCUGGACCUGAAGGCGAUUUUCGCAGAGUUGGUCGGCACGAUGCUUCUGAUCCUCAUCGGCUGUGGUGUGGCGUGCGCUUACGGCCCCAGCGAUGGCCAAACCCGACUUCUCGUAGCUCUUGCGUUUGGAGGUGGCGUGAUGGCCAUCGCCUAUGCCAUCGGCCAUCACAGCGGUGGGCAGCUGAACUGCGCGGUGACUUUCUCGCUCGUGCUUGGUGGCGCAGUGCCAUGGUAUCAAGGACUGGGAAACUUCGUGGCACAAAUGCUCG